AAGCUUUGACAGCUAUAUCUAAUUAUCAUCUCCUUCUCUUUCAUUAAAAAUCUGAAGUCAUUCUCAUUAAUUCGACAGCUGCAAUCUUACUUUUAAAUUGACUUUAGGCAUAGUUGUUCUAAAAGAAAAUAGAACAUGCCAACACAAUAUCCAGUCAGCAUACCUGUCUAUAGACCAACUAAACAAGUAUUUACUUCCCAUUUUGUUAAGAAAAAUAAGAAAGAGCAGCCACAGAUUUUCAGUUAGAAGAGCUUGUUCAAACACCAUUUCUUUUAGACGAUAUGAAGUGUUUUGUAGCAUUAGUUCUGCUGUCCAAAGUUGCUAUUUUUGCAAUAGCCCAAGAAUCGGAAGCCGAAGGAACACGACGUGGUAUGCUUGAUGGCAGUGAAGAAUCUGGGGAUUUUAUUAGAGAUAUAUUAAUUGCUUUCGAACCCAUUUUGGAAAAAAGAGGUUUCAGAGAACCUCAAGAAUCACAUCGCCCUGGAGGUUAUGAACAUGGUAAACACCACGGUCGUGGUCGGCAUCGCGGUCAUCACCGUAGAGGGAAGACGGUGAUAAUGAUACCAUUGUAUGAAGAAUGCCAAAAUUUUACCGCAAGCAUGCAAUCAAUGUUUAAAGAACUGUGGACAAAUCGAGAAAUUGGACCAAGUCAGUGUCAAGGAAAUUUUGAUGAAUGCGUGAAACAAGACAUGGAAAAAGUUCGUUGUCGAGUAACAGAGCCACCUAGUAAUCAAUGCAUAGAAAAAGUGACCCAGUAUUUGCAAGGUGAGUUUUGUGAGGAAAGUGAAGGAAAUGGUGGGACUGGAGGCUCUGGAGGAGGGAAUGGUGGUUCUGGAGGUGGAAAUGGAGGUUCUGGAGGAGGAGGGAAUGGUGGCUCUGGAAGAGAAAAUGGUGGUGGUGGAGAAGGAAAUGGGGAUUCUGGAGGUGAAAAUGAUCCAUAAAAAAGCUAUAUCUAUGAAACAUUUUAGUCACAAUCAGCCUUAUCUAACCAUUCUAUAUAGGGCGUAUAAUUUAUACCUCACGUAUAAUGGAGGUUUGCUACAUGUAUAAUUUAUACCUCAUGCACAUUGGAUAUUAACAUGGUUUACUGAGUUUUAUGAUAUGAUUUAAUGAGAUUAAAUAUUUUUUUUAAUGUAACACUGCUUUCUUUUAUAUAGUAGUGUCUUGGUGGAAUGUAUUUUGUUUUAUUAAAAAAUUUAUUUUAUUA